AUACCCCUCGGCCCUCAAGUAUAAAAGGACCCCGCCGAUCAGGUAGUCAUAUCCUGUAACAAACCAGCCGCUCUCUCAACAUGUUGAAACUGUUGGUGCUCAUCUUUGCUAUCCAGCUGGUGCUUUCUGCGCCAGCCAAUGACGACUCGAAAAAAUUGUCCAAGAACCAACUGGCCGCUUUAGCCGCUACCACCAGAGCUCCAAAGACAACUACCACCAAAACUCCCAAGACAACUACAACCAAAACGCCAAAGACAACCACGACUAAAACUCCAAAGACGACCACCACCAAAACUCCAAAGACCACAACCACUAAAACCGCUAAAACCACCACCGCAGCCGCAACGACUACCACCGCAGCCGCAACAACUACCACCGCAGCCGCAACUACUACCACCGCAGCCGACACAACUACUGCAGCCGACACUACCACGGCAGCCGACACUACCACCGCAGCCCCAACAACAGUUUAAAUCAGGAACCACAAAAAAAUCAUCAAAUUUAUAGACGCAAAUUCCUUAAAACGCAACCAAUAUUAGAAAAUGAUUAAAAAUAUAUUAUUAUAAUCAAAAUAAAUACGUACUAAUGCAAUAUA